GGCGGAGGCUCAGGAGAGCCAUGCGGCCAGUCCAGACGCUGGAAUGCAGCGUUUUCGCGGUGCUGACGUGGCUAGACGAGUCGCUGGGGGUGGGCUUCGCAGCGACGGCCACGUACAAGGGGCCCGAGAUGGGCCACGCUCGAGCCGACGACGGCGAGAGUAGCAACGAGGAGGGAAGCGGCGAGGACGGCGGGCAGGCCGAUGAGGACGGACCGCCAGGCUGCGCCGCCGAGGGCCAGGUGAUGCCGCUAGCCUCCCCCGAGCCGAACGCGCAGUUCGCAAAGCCGGUGGAGGCGGCGACCCCAGCCUUGGAGGCACCCCCAGCCACGGAUCCGCCGCCAGCCAUGUCCGAUCUGGGCGGGCGCCCGAGAAGUCCAAGCAUAUUAGCAGGGGCCAGCGAGAAGGGUUCGGCGCCAGUCUUGGACCAGAUCCAGGAUUGCUUCGACUGCAG